UCAUAGAUGUAUCUGUGAAAAUUUAACUUCAAUCGCAGAUUUAUAUAUUUAUAUUUAUAUAUCUGUUCGUUCAAAAUCUUUAAUAUUCAGUUUUCAUUCGAACUCUUCUAACGUAUAAAUUAAUUAAUUUUAUAUCCUAGGAUGUAAAAGUUUUUUUGUAAUUAUUUAAUGUUUAAAAAUGACCAUUUACAACAUUUAUAUUUUUGAUCGAAUGGGUACAUUAUUAUUUCAUACAAAUUGGAAUCGUCUCAAACAAUCUGGCAUGAGUAGUGAAGAAGAAGCCAAAUUGAUGUAUGGUAUGUUAUUCUCUAUCAAGUCAUUUGUUUCUAAAAUAUCACCACUGGAUCCUAAACGUGGGUUUCUGUGUUACAAGACUAAUAAAUAUGCUUUACAUUACUAUGAGUCUUUAACUGGUGUUAAAUUUAUAUUGAACACUGAUAUUUCAGUAAAAAAUGUUAGAGAUUUAUUGCAUCAGUUAUAUAAAGAAAUUUAUGUGGAGUAUGUUGUUAAAAACACUGAAUGUACUAUGGGGCAACCCAUUGAAAGUGAAUUAUUUAAAUUGAAACUUGAUUUAUUUAUAAAACAAAACAUGAAAAGUUUACAAUAAUAAAAUACAUAUU